UAACUUGGCAUGGUGUCAAAGGGAGGCUCCUCACAGCCUGGAUCCACCUUGACGGUGUUUCCGUCGGGUUUCGCGCCUUCGCUGCGACCACGACAUCCACGAGCUGGCGCCAAAAUCACCCUGCAGUAUUAUAAAACUAUCAGUUUAUUGGGCGCCCUGCCUCGCCGCCCUGCCUAGCACCCCGGAGGUCAUGCGCUGCUCGAGGCCCCUGCAGCGGCGGUAGAAGCUCCAUGCCUUUCUGCGGACCACCACCGGGCUGGCGCUGCUGUGCCGCGAGGCCAGCAGUCUCACGCACCGGCGGAGCGUCCUCUGGCACCCUUUGCCCUGCACUGGUUGCGCGUUGUAGCAAGGAUGCGAGAGCUCGGUCAGCUGGUUGCAACCCCACAUACGCGCCUCGCUUGGUGGCAGCCGCGGGCGCCGCGCCGGUGAGUGUUCGCACUCGGACUCCCUGCGUUUGCCGCCUCGCUACAUGCUCUUGCACGACGAUAUCUGGCUUUGUCUGCGUGCGGCACAACGGGUGAAGACAGCAGCUGCUGACGUGCAGGGCGGCGGCGACCCACGGCAGCAGCCCGCAGGCCCCGGCGCCGGGGGUGCUUUAGAUGGUGGCCGCCGCAGCGGCAGCAGCUUCCAUGACGCCAGCUCUGUGCCCGGAGCGGACGUGUUCACCUGGGCAGGCGGCGUCUUCACCUCCGCCGGCCCUGGCCUGCUCCAAGACCUGCAGCUGCAGCAGGGGCAGGGGGAGGGGGAGGAGCAGCUGGCGGCGGGCUGCGAUGUGCGUGUGUUCGCGGCGGGUGCUCCAGCCGAGGGCCUGGCAGGCAGCGUCUCAGCCGCAUCACCUGAAGUGGGCAGUUGCGUGUUGCGGUGCGCCGGCCUGGCGUCAGUGCUGUGCCUGGCGUCCCGAGAGGCGGCGCUAGUGGCGGUGGUGCGCAAGGGGCAGCAGCCCCCGGAGCUGUGGGCAGCGCCGGCUCGGGGCCAUUCGGGUGGCGGCGACCCACGGCCGCAGCCUACAGGCCCCGGCGCUGACGACCCGCGGCCGCUGUGGCAGGUGCCAAUGCCUGCGGUGCUUCCCGGCGGCCUGCUGACUUGGGACGAGUACACGUGCUGCUUCGCUGGCGGCGCCGACGUCCUCCCGCCUGUGCUGCGGAGUCAGGCGCUGCCCGCAGGGGGCGGCGGCGGCGGCGCGGCGAGCCCCCUGCCUGUGCAGCUACUUGUCGGGGAGCCGCCGGCCGUAGCGGUGCUGUCCGCCAGCGUGUCAGUCAAGCCUGCCGCCGCCGCCGAGGCUGUCGGCAGUGCGGCUGGUGGUGGCGGCGGGGCCAGCAGUCUCAUGUGCGCGCGCCUGGCGACGGAGCUCGGCCUUGCGCAUGGAGAGGCGGUGCAGUUGAUCUGGGUCGACACGCAGCUGGCCAAGGUGAAGCGGGGCCCCGUCAGGCGUGCCAGCCAGCAGCCGCAGCGGCAGCUGGGGGGCUCAGCGCCGCAGCCCCCGGCAACUGUGCCGUCAGCACAGGCAGCGUGGCCGUUGUCGGCAACACCAGCGCCGGAGCGGCUGGGGGCCAGGGCUCCGGCAGCGGUGCCCGCAGCCGCGCAAUCGCCAGGCGCUGCCAGCAGCGCCGCCGGCCGCGGUAAGCCAGCCGGCGGCGGCAGCAUCAAGCCAGUUCACAGCCGGGCUACGCCUGGCGGCGCCGCUGCCAGCAGCAGCAGCACGCGCCGGGUGCGGGACGGCAGCGCCACGAUGCGCCUGAUGCGGCUGUACAACGGAGACCGCCUGAUGGGCGUCAGCGCCCUGCAGCAUGCGCUGGGCAGGGAAAGGUUCCAGCGGUGGCGGAAGGAGAUGCGCGCCAAGGCCCCACGCGCCGUCACGGUCGAGUUGCUCGGGCCGCGUCAGGGAGCGGGCCCCGUGCGGCUGCCGGCGUUGUUUGAUCGGAAAAAGAGCGGCAGCGACGUGCCCGUGCUCCGCGUGCCGGGGCUGACCAGGUCGGGGAAGCUGGAGGUUGGAGCCCUGGUGGAGGUCCGGCGAUUCCGCAUUCGGGGCAGCGUCUUCGAGCUGUGUCUUCGAGCUGUGCAGGCGGGCGGCAACAAGGCAGCAGAAGACUUGCCGCCACUGGGGGUGGCCACGGAGCAAAGCGGCAGCAGCAGCAGCACCAGCAGCAGCACCAGCAGUGUUGCUUCCGCCAGCACGGCGCCGCCAGUGCUUGCCGCGCCGGCGCCAGCACCACCACCCACGCCGCCUGCCGCCGCGCAAGCACUCGCACCCGCCGCGCCACAGCUCUCUCCUCCGGCGCCGCAGGGCGUCGGGACCUCGACCGCUGCCGGCGGGCUUGCUCCUGCACAGGCGGACGCCGCGCAACCACACGCCACUCCACCAGCUGCCGCCGCCGCGCCGGUGCACAGCAGUCUCCGGCGGCGGCGCCGCGGCGGCCAGCACAGCGGGCUGUUGACGCUGGACGGCCAGGGCCGCUUUAUAGGCAUGGAGACCCUGCGGCGAGUGUUUGGCCCGGCAGGCUUGGAGCGAAUCCAGCGGCUCCUGCUCAAGGCCCGGUACUGCGACCAGCGCGUCAUUGUCGUGAACCCCUGCACCGGCGGGCGCAGCGGCCCCUUUCCGGGGGCCCUGCGUAUAAACAAGGUGGGCCUGGCGCUGCCCACCGUGUACCUGCGCAGUGCGCACCUGCAGGCGGAGUUCGGGCUGCGGGACGGCGACGGCCUGAGGCCGCGGCGGGCCCAGCGCGGCGACAGCUGCCUGCUGGUGGAGGUGGUGCGGGCGGGCCAGGGCCAGGGCGGGGCCGGCAGCAGCGGCAGGGCCGGCGGCGCAGGCAGCGGAAGCGGUGGUAUUGGUGUCGGUGGCAGGGGUCAACCCACACAAGCGGCAAAUCCGCUUGGAGCUGCUGUUGUUGCCUGCACACCAGUGGCCGCGGCGGCUUCUGCUCAGCAGCCGGCGCCGCCCGAGGGACCGCUGCUCAGCCCGGCAAGCACCAAUAGCGGCAGUGGCGCCGGCCACAGUGCAGCAAGUGGUCGGGUGGACAGCGGCACGCAGCAGGCGGCGUCACAGGCGGCGGCAGAGCCUCCGGAACUCCGGCGGCCCGUGCCGAAUGAGCGCCCCGACUGCGGUGGGGCAGGGCCCUGACGCGCCUGUGGGCGCCGCGUGUGUGGGUCGUAAGAUGAUACUGGGCCGCUGCUGACGGUGGAACGUGCUGGGCACGGCAGCAGCGGUACCCAACGCACCUACUGCCGCAUCUACCUUGUUGUUGUUCACGGUGCCGUGAGGCCAGGUGCCUCUUGCGCGGCUGCAUGCCCCGCUCCAGGAGCGGGGAUACUGCUGUGCGAUUGGGGGGAGACGUGUUUGAAGGGCAUCGGAGGAAGGGCAAAGGCCGUGGGCCGAGGCCAAGUAGAAAUAGACAUAUGUUACCAGGACCUAAUUGUGUGUGCGUAAUGGUAGGAUAUCAUGGAGGAUGUCAUGGAACGCGCCGCCGGGCAGGAGCCGCUGCAUGGUGGAGGCGCAUGCCGGCGAGCCCGGAGGCCACUGCAGACAGACGCUACUACCGUAUUAAAC